UCUCAGCUCAUGAAUAUUAAUUAGUGCUGACAGAUUCGAAAUGGGCGGAGCUCGUUCUAAACCGCUGUGGAAACGGGGAAGCGCGCGUUUCUGAAUAUUAAUUGCAUCACGAUGACGUUUCUUGGUGACCUUCCAAUGGCGAGGCCGCGGGUUAUGAAUAAACAUCACAGCGGGACUGGUAAAGCGCGCUUGAACUCGAGCCGUCCCGUCCCGUCCCGUCUUGGAGAUGAUGAGUUAGUUCGGUGUGAGCCUCUGAGUUCUGAACCGGACCGGUGCGCGAGGAGGAUGAGUCUGGACGCGGUUUAUCAGCCCGCGCAACUUCUGAACUGGGUUUAUCUGUCGCUGCAGGAGUCUGAGAGAAACGCGGAGCCUGACGGGAACUACAGCAGCAGACCGAAGCAGGACUCGAACCUCAGCUCCAGCAUCAUCAGCACCUUCAUCCAGGAGCGCGCGGAGACUCUGUGUAGCCACUUAUAUAAGAACUCGUCUCCCUACGGCUCGUUAAACAACCUUGUCGAGGGUCUGAGUUUACUGACAGACAGCUUCUCUGACCUCUCGCUGACCUCUGAACCCAGAAAGCCCUGCAAGAAACCUCCACCCAACUACCUGUGCCACCUGUGCUUCAAUAAAGGCCACUACAUCAAAGACUGUCCACAGGCUCGUCCUAAAGGUGAGGGUCUGACUCCGUAUCAGGGGAAGAAGAGGUGUUUCGGAGAGUACAAGUGUCCCAAAUGCAAGAGGAAGUGGAUGAGUGGAAACUCGUGGGCGAACAUGGGUCAGGAGUGCAUCAAGUGCCACAUCAACGUCUAUCCUCACAAACAGCGUCCUCUGGAGAAACCCGACGGCCUGGACGUAUCUGACCAGAGCAAAGAGCAUCCUCAGCAUCUGUGUGAGAAGUGUAAGGUGCUGGGAUAUUACUGCCGCCGCGUCCAGUGACCUCUGACCCCCGAAGACGCCCGUCACGCUCCGGCAUGUGAAUGUUAAUAAAAGGAAGAAGUAGUCGGUCUGAACUCACAUCUAAGGAGGCCUCGCGCAUGUCUGCGCCGCUCUGACCUCCACACUGACCCUCCA